UUUAUGAAAUUGGCAAUCAAAGAGUUGAAAUCCAGUUCUUUUUUUAGAAAAUUUGGUAGUUUUGAUCAGGACAGAGGUUGAUCAAUAGAUGCAAAAAAACAUUUAUCUGAUACAUUUUUAACCCUGUAGAACCUUUUGUAUCAUAUUUGCUACGCAAGUUUCUGAAACCUCCAUCUAAUCAACGUUAUCAAUACUUUACUUAAACACCUGUUGUAUAUGAUACAUGUAUUCUGCCCUCUAGUGGAUUAUCAUUCCACUGCAAGAAGUGGAGGGCUUUUUUUUGGCCUUUUCAAAAUGGCUGCCGUCAUUGAAUCCUCCACACACUUUUGGCAGGAAACUAUUUGCUAAUGAAGUCACGGACAACCUCAGUGUAACUGAUGAUGCAAAGAAAGAUAAACUGUGGAAGCUCAGACCAUGGUUAAAAAACCUGCGAGAAAAAUUUCUCUGCAUACCACCUGAAGAAUGCCAUGCCGUUGAUGAAAUUAUGGUGCCUUUCAAGGGAAAAUCUCAUCUACGUGUCUACAUGCCUACAAAACCUCACAAAUGGGGUUUCAAGAUGUGGGGACGUGCUGGACAAAGUGGCUUUCUAUAUGACUUUGAUGUUUGUCAAGGUGCAGAAAAUCCAGACAGAGAAAAGUCUGAUGUUGGUGUUACCGGCGAAGUUGUGCUGAAAAUGACAUCAACACUUCCAGCAGGAAAAAAUCACAAGGUCUUUGCAGACAACUACUUUACAUCAGUUCCCCUGGUGCAACACCUAAAGGAGAGAGGAAUCCACUACAUUGGCACGGUCCGGAUGAACAGGGUGAGAGACUGCACCAUGAUGGAUGAAAAAGAAUUGAAGAAAAAAGGAAGAGGGUCAAUGGACUUCAGAGUGAACCAGGACAACAACAUCAUUGUAAGAUGGUACGAAAACAAAGCAGUGAACCUGAUUUCUUCCUUUGUGGGCACUGAACCUGAGGGAAGUGUGAAACGCUGGGAUCGCAAAUCCAAAACUCACAUAAUGGUUCCCAGACCAGCCAUUGUUGAAAAUUAUAACAAGUUCAUGGGAGGUGUUGAUCUCCUAGAUAUGCUGUCUGCACUUUAUAAGUUCAGCAUCAGAUCCCAAAGAUGGUACAUGUACAUCUGGUGGCACACUGUUACAGUGGCACUCAUCAAUGCAUGGAACCUCUACAGAAGAGACCAGAAGAAGCUAGAGCCCCGGAUGAAACCAAAGGCUCUACGAAGGUUUCAGGCUUUGGUUGGCACUUCUCUCACAAGCGCAGGAAAGGCCAAGUCAAGUGUGGCAGGCCACUAUCCUCUCCAGAAGUGACUCCACCCCGUAAAAGGCCAAGCUGCAGUGUGCCUCUUGAUGUGAGAAGGGAUGGCAUUGAUCAUUUUCCUACAUGGGAAACCCGACAGAGAUGCAAGCACUGCACCGGCAAUAACUUCUCACAUGUCUACUGUGAGAAGUGUAAGGUGCAUCUUUGCCUGAACAAGGACAGAAACUGCUUUUGCGCCUACCACAAAGUGAAAUAAAAAGGCAGUAAAAAGUUGAAUGUAAAAAAGAAAAUAAAGACAAAAACUGCCUGAAAUGUUCUAUAUUUUCAGUAUGUUAAGGCAAAAUGUGUUUUUGUACCUUUUUGUGUUAUAAGCAAAAUUUGUUUUUGUACCAUUUUGUGAGCAAACAUUUGCCCAAAAUACCCAAUGUAUCAAAUGUGAUACAAAAAAUAUAUCAUAAACAAAAUGAUAUGGCAAAAUAUUUGUUGGGGAUUUUGUUAAAAUGUUUAAUAAACAUCUCAGUUCCAAAAAAUUUGAAUUUUCUGACUAUUUUUUUGAUGGGUCAGGCUUUACAGGGUUAAAGUAGUUUAAAGUAGUGGCUGUUUUCAGCCACGAAAAUAACGAAA